UAUUUGACCAUGAUGUUAAUGCCAACAUUGAAACCCUUCAAUACCCGAACACAUGGAUUUGUGUAAUGCCGUCGAGAGAUCUGCGCCUCAAUAGUGUUGUGCCGUUUGAAAUGUGUGGCCAACAGUUGGUGGCAUUCAGGGGUGGAUCGGGUGCUGUCCACGUGUUGUCCGCCUAUUGUCCACAUUUGGGCGCAAAUCUCGGUGUCGGCGGACAUGUGGUGACUGAGUCAGAGUCGGGCGACGACUGUAUUCAGUGUCCAUUCCAUGGCUGGAGAUUUAAUGGACGGGACGGACAGUGCAAACGCAUACCUAAUCUCAACGAUUCCGAAUUAAAGGCAUUGAAAGCUGUGGUAAAGAAAUGGCAGACAAUAGAGAAGAAUGAAAUGAUAUACGUCUGGCAUCACUCGGAGGACUUAGACCCCGAUCAUUACCCCGACGAUUUUAUAGCCAAACAUAAUGCAAAACUUGUUCUACAACAAAGUUAUCCGGAAAUUGUAUUAGCGCCUUUUCAGACUAUCGUAGAAAAUUCAUCGGACGUACAUCACGCAAAUUACGUGCACACCGAGCUCAUACCCUAUGUAGCUAGUUUGAAAUAUUCAUUUAGCUCCGAUUACGGCCACGAACUUGCACCAGUUGUCCAGGGCACCAUCACACUUUGCGUGUUUAAAUGUACCAUGGCCACAAUACCAUUUAUUUUGCACGUAUGGUCGCCAGUGUUGGCCACGUUUGCCGUGGGCACUGAGCACUCGUUUGGUGGCAUUGUAGUAACAGCGGGCAUAUGUGUGCCCAUACGACACGACCAGACUCUCCUGACAACAGUCUUGUACACUAAGCGAUCCAUUUUGAGCUCAUUGUUUCCAUUGUGCUUCCAUUAUUUGGUAACCAACCAGAUUUCGGGCGAUAUUAUAAUUUGGACAAACAGUCAGAGACCUAAGCGCCCGGUGUUUACCCGCAAUGACGAGGCUAUUGUGAGGUACCGG